AUGGUGCGAAAAGGUUUCGAGAUAAAGUACAAGAAGUUACACACUUUGGAGCAUCGGUUAUCCGAGGCGGCGAAGGUUCGUGAGAAAAACCCCAAUCGACUCCCCAUCAUCUGCGAAAAGGUGGACGGUUCCGCCAUUGGAGACUUGGAAAGGGGGAAGUUUCUCGUGCCGUCGGACCUCACCGUCGGGCAAUUUGUACUGGUGCUCCGGAAGCGUGUGACGGUGGAGGCGGAUGAGGCAAUUUUUCUCUUUGUGAAUGGCGCUGUGCCCCCCACCACGGCACAAAUGUCAGACUUGUACGCGCAGCACAAGGACGAGGACGGUUUUCUCUACAUAAAGUACUCGGGGGAGGCAACAUUUGGUUCGCGGUGA